CCCGAGCGCGCUGUUACCCGCAGGAAGCCGGGGGAGACGGGGCCCGCAGCGGGAAGCGGCAGAGGGCGGCGGAGCCUGCCCCGCGCGCCCGGGGCGGCAGCGGCAGGGGGCGCGGACGAAGUGAGCUUGGGUCCCACUCGAGCUCGGGCCCCGGACCCGGCCUGGUGGGCCAGGCCCCCGAGCCGGCGUUCCACCGGCCUGAGGCGCGCAGGGCGGACGCAUGGCCUCGCCGUGCCUGCCUGCGGGGGCCCCCCCGGGCGACAGCGGCGGAGAGCUGAGCUCGGGGGACGACUCCGGGGAUGUGGAGUCCCUCCCGAGCCCCGAGCCCGCGGCGUCCCGGAGCCUGGCCGAGCUGUUUGAGAAGGCCGCGGCGCGCCUCCAGGGCCUGGUUCAGGUGGCCAGCCGGGAGCAGCUCCUGUACCUGUACGCCAGGUACAAGCAGGUCAAAGUUGGGAAUUGCAAUACUCCUAAACCAGGCUUCUUUGAUUUUGAAGGAAAGCAAAAAUGGGAAGCCUGGAAAGCCCUUGGUGAUUCAAGCCCCAGCCAGGCAAUGCAGGAGUAUAUCGCAGUGGUUAAGAAAUUGGAUCCAGGCUGGAAUCCUCAGUCACCAGAGAAGAAAGGAAAAGAAGCAAAUACUGGUUUUGGUGGGCCAGUUGUUAGUUCUCUGUAUCAAGAAGAAAUCAUCAGGGAAGAAGACAAAAACAUAUUUGAUUACUGCAGGGAAAACAACAUUGACCAUAUAAGCAAAGUCAUCAAAUCGAAAAAUGUGGAUGUGAAUAUGAAAGAUGAAGAGGGCAGAGCUCUACUCCAUUGGGCAUGUGAUCGAGGACAUAAAGAACUAGUCACAGUCUUGCUACAAUAUAGAGCUGAUAUUAACUGUCAGGACAAUGAAGGUCAAACAGCUCUGCAUUAUGCUGCUGCCUGUGAAUUUUUGGAUAUCGUGGAGCUGCUGCUCCAGUCUGGCGCUGACCCCACUCUCCGAGACCAGGACGGCUGCCUGCCAGAGGAGGUGACAGGUUGCAAAGCGGUUUCUUUGGUGUUGCAGCGGCACAUGACUGGCAAGGCUUAAUCAAAAGACUGGAAAACCACAGUCUGUAACAGCAUAGGGCUUGAAUGAUGAAAGAAAACUGCAAAAAUAAUACUUCUUUUACCACCCAUCUUUGGUAUACAUUGACUAAUAAAAUCAGUUCUGAGGAACUUGGA